GAAAUAGUUUGGGUCAUGUGUAAUAAUAAUAUAUUGAAGCUAACAGUGUUUCUAUUGCUUCUUUGUGACUCUGUUCAGGUGGACAGGGAGUACCGGGUGCAGAAGGCUCUGUUCUCCGCAGGGUUCCCCGUUCCUCAGCCUCUCCUGCUCUGCACUGACGCUGAAAUCAUCGGAACAGAGUUCUACUUAAUGGAGCACGUGAAAGGCCGUAUAUUCAGGGAUCUCCGUCUCCCUGGAGUGAGUGCAGCAGAGAGGACAGCUCUAUAUGUGGCUGCAGUGGAAGCGUUGGCAAAGCUCCACUCACUGGACCUGGCAUCCCUGAACCUGGAGGGGUUUGGAAAAGGAGCCGGAUACUGCAAGAGACAAGUUUCAACAUGGACGAAGCAGUACACAGCCGCCGCCCACAGGGACAUCCCAGCCAUGAACGAGCUCUCUGAUUGGUUGAGGAAGAAUCUGCCGGCCAAUGACAACGAGGUCACGCUGGUCCACGGAGAUUUCCGAUUGGACAAUUUGAUAUUCCAUCCAACAGAGGCCCGUGUGAUGGCCGUGUUGGACUGGGAGCUGUCCACCACCGGGCAGCCUCUGGCAGACCUGGCCUACUUCCUGAUGCCUCACUACUGGCCCUCCAGCAUGAACAUCAUCAGCACGCUGGGCAGCUUGAAAGGAAUAGAAGGUAUCCCAAAUGUGGCCGACCUGAUCUCCAUUUAUUGCCGCUGCCGAGGGAUCCCUUCUUCUUUGCCAGAGUUGAAUUUCUACCUGGCCUUGUCGGUGUUUAAAAUGGCAGGAAUCGCCCAGGGCAUCUAUGCACGCCACCUACUGGGCAAUGCGAGCGCUGCCAAUGCAGAGGAGUUCGGCCAGUGUGUGGAGCCGUUGGCUCAGACUGCCCUGCAGCUUGCUCAGAGGUUGGUCGGCUGCUUGAGUUGCGUGACAAAGUUCCUGUUGUUGUUUUAAUACGGGCUUUAACACAUCACUCCAUGAUUACUUUCAGAAGACGCUCUGACUCAUAUCGCCUUUGCUAGAUUUACUUUAAAGGUCUCCUAUUAUACUGUUUUUCAUUAAUAUAGUAUAGGUGUCGGAUAUAUACAAAACCUGUCUUUGAAGUGUUUGCCUCCAAUCACCAAACAGAUCAUUGCAGCAUUACCCAUAAUCCCCUCUGUUUCAGCCCUGUUUCCAAAGUGCU